GUGCGGAAACCGCAUUGCAGUAAUACGAAGCCAUUUCUUAUUAACAUGAUGACAUUUGCUGUUUACCUAAUCGUGUUUUCUUCUGUUGGAUUUGGCUCGAUGAACAUCAACAGCCACUAUUUCAACAAACACAUGGAAAAACUACUCGUAUCCAGAACUUUUGGCUUGGCUGGCAUACGGAACAUUGAAGACUUUUGGAUAUUCGCGGAAGGUCCAAUGCUGGACUCUCUCUUCCCUGAACCUGGUGAAAUGGACGGUAACAUUAUUGUUGGAGGACCAAGGCUGAGACAGGCGAAAGUUCAGAAUAACUCGUGUGAGGUACAUUCCCAUUUGAAAUACUUACAAGACUCGUGUUAUGGCCACUAUACAAUCUCCACAGAAGACCGAGAGGCCUUUGGUCCAGGUACGACCAGUCCCUGGGUUUUCUCCCAUACGGGCAGUGACUAUUACCGAGGUCUCGUCGCGACGUAUGGUGGAGGCGGGUAUCACCUUGAACUGCCAAGUAACAAGAUUGACGCUCUGCAGGCUAUUCAAGCGCUCCGGCAGAACAACUGGCUGACCCGAGGAACGAGAGCAGUAUUCGUGGAUGUAGUCGUCUAUAGUGUCAAUGUGGACCAAUUGUUAAUCGCCAAGCUGCUGGUCGAAUUUCCUCCAACAGGCGAUGCCCUACCGUCCUGGUUUUUUGAGGUCUCAAGGACUUCUCUCUUUUCCAAGUCCAAGGAUUAUUAUAUUUUCGUGUGUGCGAUGAUUAGCAUGACAUUUAAUGUCUACUUCUUGCUGCUAGAAGCUUGUAGACUUGUGUACCUGAAGCUAACAUACUUCUCGAGGUUCUGGAACUAUUUUGACCUCUCUGUGUCAAUAGGCAGCAUUAUAUCCUUGAGAUUCGGGAUCAAAAACUACUUGUUCAUCGCCAGUACACUGGAUAAACUUCCAGAUGGUGUCGAUAUACCAAGCUUUGAAAUAUUGGCAAGAAACGGUUUUAAUGUAAAAGUGACAACAUCAAUUGCACUUUCACUGUGUUGGCUGAAAAUUUUUUACUUCCUCCGAGUUGGAAGUAGCACUCUGGCCAAGAUAAGGGUGUCUGUGUGGUCGUGUGUUUUGAACUCCCUUGGCUUCUUUAUGGUCUUUGUGCUUUUAGUUUUUGCUUUCACCCACCUAGCUCAUCAUGUACUGGGUCCCCACUUGCACGAAUACAGUACACUCGGAGCCACCACAACUUCGCUUCUCAGAGCGCUCUUGUGGGACUUUGAUUUGGAAGAACUCCAAAGGUCGCGACCUGUGUUCGGACCCAUGAUACUGCUCGUCUACCUGUCGCUCGUCUUGACCGUUCUAUGGAGCAUCCCUCUGGCUAUCUUCGCGAGGUCGCACACAGAUGUGAUGUCGGAGAUCUCAAGGAGGUGCAACUUGUGGGACCAGUGGAAGGAGAUGGUGUGGGGCCAGUACAGUUACCGACAGGGGAAGGUCACGAGCGAAGAAGAGUUGCGACUACUGCUGGAACAAGAAGGCCUCACUGACGAGGACAUGGCAGCGGUGUUGUCGAGGAUGGGCGUGCGACGUGGCCAACAUGUGGACUCGCAUCACUUGCGGAAUGCGCUAGGCUGCCUGCAGGAUGCCGAGAUGCUCCCAGAGGUAGCGGUGAGAUGGCUCACUGAUCUGAAACAGCGAGUGGAUGCAGCAGGACAAAAAAUGGUCGCCCUCACAGACAAAGUGCACAUGACUCUAGAAGUGGCUUCUGGUGAUGGCAGUUAGUGUUACCAUGGUCAACCCUUCCCGGAUUAUGGUUUAUUUACCACUUCGAAUUAUGUUUUGUUUUUUGUUUUGCCACGUGAAAUUACCUGCUAUUUUGUGUUAUCGUUGUGAAACAUUAUAAUCAGGAUAAUGUGGGACCAAAAUGACACUUGUAAUUUAGUCCUUGAAAGAAUUUCCAGGUUUUUUUCUCAGAAAAAAAUACUGAGUUGAUAUAAUUUUAUCUUGGCUCUGAAUUGUCGGAACAUCACCCAUAUGUAUGUGGAAUGGCUUCCAUAAUGUUAUUGUUGUCUUAGAUAGCUUUAUUUCAAGGGGCAUACAAAGCGUUAUUAGUGUUAUUUGAGAAUUUUUGAUCAAAUGACCAUUAAAUUUGUGUUUAAUAUGUA